AUGUCUUUUCCGUCUCUCAAAUUGCUUCAUCUACCCUUAUUCAAGGGUAUUCCAGAAGAUGUUACUGACCAUGAGAGAGCCUAUCGCAGUUACCAGCGUGCUGCCGCUGUUGUCAAAGCUUACGGGAUGACAGCAGCAGAUAUCCUUCAAUGCACGCCAAGGUUCUGGGAAUUUUAUCUAGAUCUCAUCGGGGCUUUCGACUGCGCUACAUAUACGUUGGUGACGAUCCAAAUGAAUCUUGCGGCUGGGACCUUGGCCCCUUUUGCAGAGAAACAACCGCAGUACCGAAAGCUCCUGGAUCAGAUUUUGAACUUUGAAAUCUCGGCACAGUAUAUGCUGACUGAGGUUGAGCAUGGGUUAGAUGCAAAUAAUUUGGAAACAACUGCAACAAUGCUUCCAACUGGAGAGUUCGAUCUGCACACCCCGAGCCUUGGUGGCGCAAAGAUUAUGCCACCGUCUUUGCCCGUAAAGGGUUUACCAAAAGUUGCGAUUGUAUUUGCCCAACUUAUUGUUUCUGGCGAAACUCGUGGCGUCAGGCCAUUUAUUACUUGGCUUAACGAUGGAAAGCAUAUGUGCAAUGGUGUGACUGCAAAAUUGCUCCCCAGACGAGCAGCAUCAAAACCAGUGAAUCAUGCCAUUACAAAUUUUAAUCAUGUCCGUCUGCCUCAUUCAGCUCUCUUAGGAACUCUGGACAAGCCAAAGGAUGUUCGAAAGCACUUUCUAUCAUCUAUCUGGCGCAUUGGAGUUGGUACUCUUGCUUUGCCACUCAACAUGAUCUCGGUAAUGAAACGGGCUGUUUUCGUCGCAGGAAAAUAUAGUCAGCGUCGGCAUAUAUCAGGGCCAGACCAGAAACUCAAGCCCAUUAUCUCCUUCCCAACUCAAUACGGCCCCAUACUGCAUGCAUUGGCCCAGAUCUUUGUUUUCGAAGCUUAUGCUCGAAGGAGCAUUCAGUACUUCCAAGACACCAAUUUAGCACCCCCGGUCCGACAUGCAAUGGGGACUAUGUCGAAGGCUGUUUUAUACAAAACAUCUCAAGCCUGUCUUUUUACUCUCUCAGAGCGAUGUGGAGCGCAGGGCUUGUAUGAGAACAAUCAUAUUAUUGAAUCGAUGGUGGAAACGCGCGGGAUAUCAAUCGCCGAGGGAGAUACCCUAGUGUUAAGUAUUCGAUUGACGUCGGACCUUCUCCUCAAUCAUUACAAGAUACCUCCUGCAAAGGACCCAACCUCCUUCCUAGCUAAACAUGAACAAGGGCUACUUGAUGAGCUUCGCGGGAUGACCAAUAUCAAGUCUGGAGGUCACCAUGGAGAAGACUUCGACCGCUUGAUUUUGCCAAGAUCUCAGGAAUUUGUCGAGGCUAUAGGAUAUCGCAUAGCCUAUGAAGCUGCUAUAGAGGCAGGGGUUCAUUCUGAUUUAGUGUCCCUCUAUGAAAUUUGGGUCAUGUUGCAGGAUCAGAGCUGGUUUGUUCAAUAUGCCGGUCUAACGCGUCAACAUAUGUUCCAGAUGGAAGCUGAAAGACUCAGUGUUGUUUUGCCUCGGUUAGAUGUGUUGCUGGAUGCUACUGGUGCUGAACCGUACUGUACUGCGCCUAUCCUAUCUCAGACAUCGUGGGAGCAGUUUGUUGACAGUUUGGAGACUAAGACAGGAAGUGACACUGAAAACACUGGUCUCUCAAGGGGUGGGAUGGCCAUGCUCUGA